GUAAUGGAGGGUACUGGGGUAACUCCUGCAAUACAACAUGCCCAGUUAAUUGUGGAGAAGGGUACUGCCACCAAAUUGAUGGUAGCUGUCAAACAUGCAAGCCAGGGUAUAGCGGACGGAAAUGUACUGACCGUUGUAUGGAUAAACAAUGUAGUCUUUGUCAGUUCGAUGCUUCAAAAUGUUAUGAAUGCUUGACCGGAUGGUAUGGUAAACACUGUGAUGAAAAAUGUCCCAAGCAUUGCUCGACAGCCGACUGUGAUCAGGGAACAGGAAAAUGUCUAAAGUGUCAGAACGGUUACUUUGGAGAAUUUUGUAAUGGAAAGUGUGACGUAGCUUGUGAUACAUGUUCUGAUAACGUGUCAUGUGAUACGUGUAAAAAGAGUUUAUAUGGUGUUUUCUGUAAUCUUGCAUACCCAAAGGAAUGUAUUGAUUGUGCACGUGAUGGAAAAUGUGAAACUUGCAGUGCUGGUUACUUCGGUGCAGAUUGUAUGUGCAGCAUUGCAGAAUGCACGAAUGCAACAAACAAAAAAUGCUUCCGGUGUAGAAAUAACAUGACCUGGUAUUCAUUUCAAAAUGGUUGUUGUCCAUGCAGUGAACAUUGCCUCCAGAUCAAUAACAACGAACCAACGUGUAACUUUAACACUGGAACCUGUAUGCAUGGUUGUAAAAACAAUUACAUUGGUGAAAAAUGCAUAGAUAAAUGUAGUGAAAACUGUGAAACUGGGAAUUUUUCCGCUUGCAUCAAUGGCACAACCAUAUGCCAAAAUGGUUGCAAGGAUGGUUGGUAUCUUCCAAAGUGUGAAUUUAACUGUUCAUUGAAUUUUCCACACUGUGAUGCAUGUGAGGCAUAUACUGAUAAAGACGAUAAAAAUCCUCAUGUUUCAUGUCACAAGUGUCAACCAGGUCACUACAGCGAUUUUUACACCAGUUUUUGUAAGCCCUGUGAAAACUGUAUUGACGAUGCAUGUGACGGCUCAUUAGGAUUCUGUAAUAAAGGUUGCCGUGAUGGUUGGUAUGCUCAGAGAGCUAGAUAUUUAUGUGAAUAUCGCUGUAGCAGUACGUGUGUUGAUCAGUCGUGUGACAAUAUAGGAGGUGCAUGCUUAAAAGGAUGUCACCAUGGUUAUUACGGUCAAAAUUGUGGGUUGAAGUGUUCCAACGGUUGUAUGAACGGAACAUGUAACAACACUAGCGGAGAAUGCGCACUUGGCUGUACUACGUCCACUUAUGGUAAUUAUUGUAAUGUAUCGUGCAGUAAUAGCUGUGGACAGGGUGGAUGUAGUGAUAAAACUGGUGUUUGUUUUGGUGAGUUGUAA